UCCCGAGAUGGGGACGCCUCUGAGCCCGAGUCAUUGCAAUCUGGUUCAGGCAAAACAUUCCUCAGCCUUCAGCGGCUCUCGGCUCUGCACAUCCCUGCCUCUUAAACCAGUGAUAUAGCGGUGAUGUGCUGAAAGAGCGGAUAAUUCAUAAAGCAGGGGAAGAAUAAAAAGAAGUCAAGUUGCACAGACGGUCUGUGGGGAGGUAAAUGGUUUGUUCGUGAGCAGCAGCGUGAAGACGACUCCUCGCUCUCCCUCUCGCACUCGGUGACCAUGGAUAUGUUCAUGAAAGGGUUGUCUAAAGCCAAAGAUGGGGUGGUGGCGGCGGCAGAGAAAACAAAGCAAGGAGUGGCAGAGGCGGCAGGAAAGACGAAGGAUGGAAUGCUUUAUGUAGGCUCGAAGACUAAAGAAGGUGUAUUUCACGGAGUGUCCUCAGUGGCUGAGAAGACCAAGGAACAAGCAUCUCUGGUUGGAGGAGCCAUGGUGACCGGAAUGUCCACAGUCGCUCAGAAGACGGUGGAAGGAGCUGGAAACAUAGCAGCAGCCACCGGACUGGUGAAGAAGGAGCAGCUAGUGAAGCAGGAUGAAGACUUCUUCCCGCAGGAGGGUGUGAUGGACAACACAGAAGCACUGCAGACAGACCCUGAUGCUGAGGCCUAUGGUGCAGUCCCUGGGGACGAAUAUCAAGAGUAUGAACCUGAAGCGUGAGUAUCAGCAGAAUGGGCACACUCCAAGAACUUUUUUCCCUUUACUCUUUUUCCAUGUGAAAGUUCUUCAAUUCAGAUGUGACUAGUUGUAAGAUUCUUUUCUCCAAGUGUGAUUUUGUUCACGGUGUACUUUGAAGUCUUUCAUCUGCUGUACUCCAGAUUGUUGUGGCUUUGACCAGGCCCUGUCCCAGAGCUCCCUCCCACUGUAAUGAGGAUCUGGGAACGGGAGCCUCCUUAUUCUGUAGAUAUUGGGUUGAAAAUCCAUCCUCAGUCACUUGCAUUAAACAUGCUGUCAUUUAACAGCUGCACGCUUUGCUUCCAAAUUUUGGUUCUACUGAAGUCAAUGGAACAGGAUUUUGGAUGUGGAACACCGAGUACCUGUACGACUGUACCUCUGCAUUUCGAGCACACAAUUGAGGAUGAAUUUAUACCCCACUAUUUUUGAGGUUCAACAUUAUGAAGUUGUCUAUUGCUUUCCAAUCUAUAAAGACCUUGUGUGUGUGCGUGUGUAUGUGUGAGUGCAUGUGUGUGUAUGUCCGUGUGCGUGUUUGUAUGCACGUGUGCGUGCGUCUUUGUGUCUGUGUGUGUAACUUUGUGUAACCUAUUUAUUGCUGUGUUUUCCAUGUAAGAUGGCUCUGUUUGCUGAGGACGUUGUCUUGUGUACGAUGUUUGCAAUAGCCAGCAUGGAGCUAUGCACUUAAGUAUCAACUGUGAGACUGAAAAUCAGUUUGUGCUGGUGUUUUGAUGAGUGUAUAUAAAUAUCUGGUGUUUCUGUGAAACCAAUUAAACGGAAUGUACAAAACUCUUA